AUGGCUUGCAAUCUUUCUCAGAGGCAGAUUUAUGCAUUAGCAAUUUCUUUGGCCGACGAAGCUUCUUGGUGCUGUGUUUUCGUCUUGUUAACCCUGCUAUUGCUGAACUCUUGCAAGGAGACUACUACGAUAGCAAAUGAUGAGGAUGUCAAAGGGAGACAGCUUUUGGGCAGACCAUGUGAUGAAAUCUAUGUUGUUGGAGAAGGAGAAACCCUUCACUCUAUCAGUGACAAGUGUGGUGAUCCUUUUAUCGUGGAGCAGAAUCCUCAUAUUCAUGAUCCCGAUGAUGUUUUUCCUGGACUUGUCAUCAAGAUCACCCCUAUGAAGUCUAGGAAGUCCUUGAGGUAG